CAACAGCACGCCGUCAUGAAGCAUUCGGGACAGAAGGGGACUAAAAAUACGCUUCAGCACGGGAUUGGACCGUUCUUGGUCAUAGCCCAGUUCUUUGGCGUUCUGCCGGUAGCGGGAGUCUGGCCAAGUUCUCAUCCUGACAAGGUUUGCUUCCGCUGGCUUUCAUUGUCUUUGCUGGCUGCUCUGGUUCUAUUUACAUUUUCCGUUGUGGACUGUGCCUUAUCCUCCAAGGUGGUGCUUGAUCAUGGCUUGAAGAUCUAUACCAUUGGUUCCCUCAGCUUCAGCGUGAUUUGUAUAUUCUGCUUUGGGGUCUUCCUGUUGCUCUCUCGUCGGUGGCCCCACAUUAUCCGCCGAACGGCUGAGUGCGAGCAGAUCUUCCUGGAGCCCGCCUACGAUUGCCGAGCAGGGCGUCGCUACUCCCGAAGACUUCGUCUCUGGGGUGUGGGUCUUCUCGUAGCCGCUCUUUGCGAGCACUCCACCUAUGUGGGUAGUGCGCUGUACAACAACCACUUGGCCAUUGUGGAGUGUAAGCUAAAUGUAGACUUCUGGCAGAACUAUUUCCAGCGGGAGCGACAGCAGCUAUUCCUCGUGAUGCAUUUUACAGCCUGGUGGAUACCUUUCAUUGAGUGGACCACCUUGUCUAUGACAUUUGUUUGGAACUUUGUGGACAUCUUCUUGGUUCUCAUUUGCCGGGGCAUGCAGAUGAGAUUCCAGCAGCUACAUUGGCGCAUCCGUCAGCAUAUGGGGCAGAAGAUGCCGAAUGAGUUCUGGCAGCAGAUUCGUUGUGAUCUUUUAGAUCUGACCGAUCUGCUGGGACUCUACGACAAGGAGUUGUCCGGGCUGAUUGUGCUCUCCUGUGCCCACAACAUGUACUUCGUGUGUGUGCAAAUAUACCAUAGCUUUCAAUCCAAAGGCAACUUUGCUGAUGAGUUGUACUUCUGGUUCUGUCUCUCCUAUGUCAUAAUUCGAGUUACCAACAUGAUGUUCGCUGCCUCUUCUAUACCCCAAGAGGCCCGAGAGAUAUCCUAUACCCUCUACGAAAUUUCCACAGAGUUCUGGGGCGUGGAACUCAAAAGAAUAAACGAGAUCUUUCUGGCUGACCACUUUGCGCUCACUGGCAAGGGUUAUUUCCUACUAACCAAACGAUUAAUAUUUGCAAUGGCUGCUACUCUGACAGUUUAUGAACUCGUGCUUAUCAACCAAAUGGCUGGCUCUGAGGUGCAGAAGAACUUCUGUGAGGGUGGCGUGGGCUCCUCCAAAAGCAUAUUUUCCUAAUCCCCUAUUCGCUUUUUUCCGCUUAUUUUGCACUUGCUGAACUUUGUGAAAUGGCACACAAUCAA